AUGACUUUAGCCGCAAUCCGACCGUUCUUCUUCAGUGUAGCCCUGGCCAAGAACCCAUCGGGUGGUGUGGAGUACCACACGGCCAUUGGAGGUGUGCUCAGCGUAUUCGCACUGGCUAGUCUCCUCGCCGGUCCCCUGGUCGUGUACGAACUACCUAACAUGGGCAGCAAGCAGCUGAUCGUGCUAGCUCUAGUGCUGCUGGGUUCUACAUCCAUUGUAUUCUCGGCAUUGAAUAGGAUAUCCGACUGGCGAGUAUUCCUGGCAUACGCGUAUAUCAUCCAGGUCAUUCAAGGCUGUGCCUACAUUGCCGUCAGUAUCCCUGGCGUUGCCUAUCUCACCAGAAUGUACCCGGAACACUUGGGGUUCGUCGGCAGCUGCACCAUGUCCAGCCUGGCGCUAGGGCACACCAUAGGAAACUUUCUGUCCGGCGGCCUGUACGAUAUUGGCGGUUUCAUGUUGCCAUCUGCUUUGAUCGGCUCCAUCACCUUGCUGAUAUCUCUUAGUGUGCAGUGCGGCGUUGUGGAUAUUGACAAGCUGGCCGCAGAGCAGAGCAGCACGCCGGAAAAGCAUGUGAGCACGUUCACAAUACUGCGUGUGCCAUGGAUUUGUCUUCUGGUCAUCUGUGCUGUUUUCACUACAAUCGCCAGCAGUGCAGUGGAGACCUCGCUCAGCCUGUAUGUCAUGUCCGAGUUUCAUGUCGGUUCGGUUGUGCCCGGUGCUGCCGUGUCCUUGAUGUUUGGGUUUAGCACCCUGUUUUCUCCUCUUGUCGGGUUCCUGAUGGACCGCAACGUCAGCGGCUAUGUUUUGUUGGCGCUCGGCAUGGCGUUGAUGUGUGUCGGCAGUUUCCUUGUUGGGCCAUCAGCGUUCAUGCACAUGCCCAAGUCGCUGGUUUUGGUGUUCUUGUCAAUGAUACCAUUGAGUAUUGCUCGUCUCCUGAUGAAAAUCACCUGCCCCUGUCUUAUCUCCAAGCACUUGCAAGACAUAGGCGUUGGCACGGUAACGGAAACACGCGUGGCCGUAGUCGGUAUUGUUCGCAUGUCGUUCAUGUCCGGCUUCGUCGUAGGGCCGCUGGCUAUGAGUCCGCUGGUAGCCGCGCUGGGCUUUCCAGCAGCGUUCACUCUCCUGGGACUCGCAUACCUUGCUCUUCUAGGACUUCUAGUCACACUGACAUGGGGUUGUCGUUUUGCACUAUUUCUUAGAGAGGUUUGGACUAGUUUCUGUAGUCGUCAAGCUAUUAACGGGCGCAGGAAUGAAGCUGACCAAGACACAGAGCUGCAGAAGCUCACUCCCUGA